AUGGCGACGCGCAUCGGCAUCAACGGGUUCGGGCGGAUCGGACGUUUGGUUGCCCGGGCUGCUCUUUCACCCACGUACCACGAUCGGUUGGACUUGGUUGCGGUCAAUGGACUGGGAGAUACCGAAACCUCCGCGCAUCUUUUCAAGUACGACAGCACUUAUGGGCCAUAUGCUGGAACGGUCGGCAACGACAACGGUAAUCUGGUCAUCGACGGCAAGCCCAUCCGAGUGUUCCAGGAAGCCGAGCCGGCCAAUAUCCCCUGGUCCGAAAUGGGUGUUGACAUCGUGGUGGAAUGCACCGGCCACUUCACCGACGCCGCCAAGGCGGCCGCCCACAUCGACAGCGGCGGGGCGAACAAGGUGAUCAUCUCCGCUCCCGCCACCGGUGCGGACGCCACCAUCGUUCUCGGCGUGAACGACGAGGUGUACGACGAUAGAGCGCACCGGAUCAUCUCCAAUGCGUCCUGCACCACCAACUGCUUCGCUCCCAUGGUCAAGGUGCUGCACGAUGCCUUCGGCGUCGAGCGCGGGCUGAUGACCACCAUUCACGCCUACACCAACGACCAGAGCAUUCUGGAUCGCAACCAUCGCGACCUGCGCCGGGCCCGCGCUGCCGCUCAGAACAUCAUCCCGACCAGCACCGGCGCAGCCCGUUCCGUGGGCGUGGUGCUCCCCGAGCUGAAUGGCAAGCUCCACGGCAUCGCCUACCGCAUCCCUACGUCCGUCGGGUCCGCCACCGACUUCGUCGCCGACCUGAAACAGGAUGUCACCAGGGACGACGUCAACGCCGCUUUCAAGGCCGCGGCUGACGGAUCGCUGCGGGGCAUACUGGAGUACACCGAAGACCCCAUCGUCAGUUCCGAUAUUCGCGGCAACACCCACAGCUGUAUUUUCGACGGCCUUAGCACCAUGGUCCUGGACAACAGCAUGGUCAAGAUCUUGGGCUGGUACGAUAACGAAUGGGGUUAUUCCUGUCGCACUGCGGAUCUCUGCUGCAUCGUCGGCGGUUGA